AUGGACAAAGCCAAACCAAUCUUGACCCCUAUUGAAGAGAAAUUGAAGUUGUGCAAAGAUGGAACUGGUGAUUUAGUUAAUGCUACAUAUUUUAGAAAACUGAUAGGGAGUCUAAUAUAUUUGACUUCUACAAGGCCUGAUAUUACUUAUGGAGUUGAAUUAAUUAGCAGAUUUAUGGAGUUUUCGCGUCAAUCUCACUUGCAAGACUCCAGGAGAAUUUUGAGAUAUAUUCAAGGUACACACUCUGAUGACAUAUUUUAUUCAAAGACUAACGAUAGUAAUACUGAUAGUGAUUGGGAUGAUGAUAUGAUGCAAAGAAAAGGUACUUCUGGCUAUGCGUUUUAUUUGGGAUCUAGUGUAUUUUCAUGGUCUUCAAAGAAACAACAAGUUGUUGCUUUAUCAACUGCUGAAGCAAAGUAUAUAUAUGGUCGCAACAAGUAG